GAACAGCUGAACAAACUCCUAUGUAAUUGGUAUCCAAGGUGCUGGAUGCCAGUGGAGCCUUUUGAGCGGGAGAGCAGCUUAGGAAUGUCCUAUAGGCCUUUCUUCUUGCACCUCGCGGGACUUUUCGCCUCUCGAUCCCAUCUCACUCCCACUUGGUGUCAUCAUUUCACUGCUGUUGCUUGGAUUUUAUCCACUGGGUCCUCCAGAAGAUUGUUCUAGUUACCUCCUCUCCAGGAAUUUGAUCUUCAACAACUCUCACCUAGUGAGAGAUUACCUGAAGCCUCGGGUGAUACUGUUACUUCUUUAAUGCUUGCAUGGCCAGAGUGCCUCCUACCUAUAAUUAACUCCUGUUGUCUUACAGGUGGAACACCUAUCCUAAGCACCUGGGCAGUGUGCUUUCCUCCUCCAUUCCGCACCUCCCCUGAGUAGACAUUCUAGCAAUGGAAAAGAAGUUACUGUGGGUCGAUGUUGAUGCUGGAGUGGAUGAUGCUGCUGCCUUAAUGAUGGCUCUGGCAGCACCUAAUGUUGAAAUCCUAGGGAUCACUUGCUGUUUUGGAAAUACUACAGUGGAAAAUGUGUGUAAAAAUGUCCUUCGGGUAUUAAAAAAGUGUAACCAUUUACAGAUCCCAGUUUACCAGGGUGCUUCUUCCCCUUUACUCAAUACAAUGAAAAAUGAUUAUUUUUAUGGAACAGAUGGCUUAGGGGACGUGCCCGAUGCUGAUGCUCCUGGAUUCGACCAAGUGCAACAUGAACAUGCUGUAGAUGCAAUGAUAAGGGUCUUCAGUGAGAAACCUAACAAGGUAACUCUGGUUGCCACUGGACCUUUGACUAAUUUAGCUCUGGCAGUGAAAAUGGAUCCAAUGUUUCCUAAGAAAAUUAAAAAUAUGUCUAUAAUGGGAGGCAAUAUGUACUCCAGAGGAAACAUUGAUAUCUGUGCAGAAUUCAAUUUUGCAGCAGACCCAGAGGCAGCUUACAUUGUCUUAAAUGAAUAUACUUGUCCAACUUCUAUCGCAACUUGGGAACUUGCAAAUUCACAUUCACUACCUUGGGAAUUUUAUGAGAAGUGUACUUCGCAGGACAGUGAAAAAGCAAGGUUUUUGAAAGAAAUCUACACGGUAACCACAGGGUAUCAAAAGCGUCCCAUCACCAAGUUAAGGGCCCUCUACCGGAAACCAGGAUUUGUGUCUUGUGAUUGCUUUGCAAUGGCAGCUGUAAUUGCUGAGGACUCGGUCACAGAAUCAAUCUUCUGUGCCGUAUCUGUGGAACUGACUGGCUCCCACACCCGAGGAAUGAUGGUUUUGGAUCUAGACGACAAACUUAACAAGGAAAACAAAGUUUCGAUCGCAAAAGAGAUGGAUAUGGAAAAAUUCAAAGGUCUUCUGAUGGCUGCUUUGAAAUAGUAAAAAUAAUAUUAAUAAUAAUAAUAGCUAGCAUGGACAUAGCAUUUUAGGCUUUGCAAAGCACUUUGUAUAUGCUGUCUCAUUUGAUUUGAAAUUAAGUUUCCAUUAUGAUCUCAUAUGGUAAUUUUUGUUUUAAUAAGGUGUGUAGUUAAAUAUUACAAUAUCAGAUCUUUUGAAAUAAUUCAGAUUCGAAUAUAUAUCCAAAUAUUAGAACCAAAUUCUAAUUUUAAAAUCUUAAAGGUAAAUUUCAAAAUGUUCACUGAAACUGAGUUCUGUUAAGAUUUCAACAUGUUGGUGUUUCAUGAGGGAUAAUGUUUUAAGUAUCUUUAUUUGUGUGAAUUUAAACUAUUUUCAUAUGAUUGCAUUGCAUGGACGCCAGUAUGAGACCUUUGCAGAUUUCAGAAGCAACGGUUAUUUCUGUUUACUGGCCCCAGAAUCAGUUGUGACUGAGAGAAUGCAUUGAUUUAAUUCACAUUCAUACAGAUGGUAUUUUAAAUAAUUGACAAAAGCAGAGCACCAAAUGCAAUUUUUGUCUUGAUUUUACUAGCUUAAAUUUGAAUUGAGUUUGUUUCCAUGGAAAUAGCCUUCUGUUUAAUAAAAGCUUAAGGACUGACUGGUAGGGCUUUAUUAUUAUUCGUGA